CUUGCAUUAACUAAAGAUGGCGGGAAGAGGUCGAGGACGUGGUAGAGGUUUGCUUGCAGCUAUUAAACCUCAAAUAACGACGGAAUCGGGGGCUGGCGGCGAUCACUCGUCUGCUAGGAUCAUACAGAGUGAAAUCAAGUCUGAAUCCGAUAACGCAACAUCACAACCGAGAGCAUUAACAAAACACACAUCAUACGAACCUUCGUCACCAUCCCCACCAACCCAUGGCUCAUUCACAUCAUCAUUUUCCACGGCACCGCAAACAUCAACCUUCAUGGCAGCAUCCACGUCAAUGUCUGCCAGAAGUUCAUUCCCUCUGUCAUCGGCCUCGGCUCCCACGUCAGAACAUUCAGCAUCAGCAUCAGCAUCCACCCAUCAAGACCAUCCACAACCAGCUUCAUCGGCACAAAGAGGUUCGGCAUCAGCUGCAGCUACAACAACGACGACGAAAGGUUCUGGAAGACUUGGUGAUCUGGAGGAACAGUUGGACAGAUUGUGUGUGUAUGAUGAAGACGCGGACGAUCGGGAUGCGAUGGAGAUUGUACAGACAAUGAAAGCUUUGAUGUGUUCGUCCGAUGAUCUGAAAAAGGCGUCCGAGAUGCUGUAUCGUAGAUGUGUCAGUGACGUGAACGUUGCAAAGACCGGUGCACUGAUUUGCAACUCGCUCGCAUCCAUUGAAGUGGACGGGACAAAAUUCCGGUCAUGUAUCUUAAGUUAUCUUCAGAAAGAUUUCGAAGGCAAGGAUGACCUACGAAGAGAGUCAUCUUCAAGGUUUUUAGGAUUUUUCACAUUUCUGUGCCAGAUAUUUGGUGAGAUGCGAACUGCGACUGGCGAACACUUCCGACCACUGAUAACUCCGAUAUUUCACUGUGUCGACCUAAUGUUGGGAGUUAGUGACAGAGAUGUUCAAGCAAAAACCAAAGAAAAUGCCGACGAGAUUGAGUGUAUUUUGCUGCAGUUUCAGUCAGUUGGAAAAGAACUUGAAAAUCUUGACGAAGAGAAAAUGACUAAAACCAUUGAGACGAUUCGGAUGAAAAUUAUUAAUAAUGGAACUUCACCACAGAUAAGAUGUAUAUUGUUGGAAUUAGUGGAGUGUUACGGCAGGAAGUUUGAUCAGGCGCCCAACGACGUCACACGCUUUUACUGUGACACUAUGGCCGAGAUUCUGGCAGGGCUUGUUGUCUGAUUCGUGUUGACAUAAAUAUGUUAUCAAGUU